AUGGCCAGUCAGCUUCUCCCUCUCGAACUCAUCGAUAAAUGUGUCGGUUCCAAAAUCUGGGUUGUAAUGAAAGGCGACAAAGAAUUCACUGGCACCCUUACCGGUUUCGAUGACUAUGUCAAUAUGGUUUUAGAAGAUGUUAUUGAAUUUGAUCACCAAUCUGGAAAUCAAACAAAGCUUCCCAAAAUUUUACUGAAUGGUAACGGUAUUGCUAUGUUGGUACCAGGUGGAGAAGGACCAAUUGGGGGAUCAUGA